GCCCAGGCCCAUUCGCGAGCUGCAGCCACCUUCACCUCCCCGUGGGGCUCGUCUGGUUCCUGCCUUUCCUCUGCACAGGGAUGGGCUUGCUGCUCAAGAUUCUCAUCCCUUUGCUGGGAGCAGCACUGGCCUUUUAUUUUUACUCAGCACCUGAGAACUUCAAUGAAGAGAUGCUCCGGGGGAAGCGGGUGAUCGUGACGGGAGCCAGCAGCGGCAUCGGGGAGCAGAUGGCAUAUCACCUGGCACGGAUGGAGGCACACCUGCUGCUCACGGCGCGGACAGAGGCCAAGCUGCAGAAAGUUGUGGAGCGGUGCCUGGAGCUCGGCGCUGCCUCCGCCCGCUACAUCAGCGGCUCCAUGGCCAACCCCAGCCUGCCCGAGGAGGUGCUCAGGGAGGCUGAGAACACCUGGGGGGGCCUGGACAUGCUCAUCCUCAACCACAUCGGCCAGAGCGGCUUCACCUUCUUCAGCGGGGACGUGGGGCACGUCCGCAGCCUCAUGGAGACCAACUUUGUGAGCUACGUGGCGCUGGCCACGGCUGCCCUGCCCCUGCUGAGGGAGAGCGAGGGCAGCAUCGUGGUGGUCUCAUCCAUAGCAGGUAAAAUUGCUGGCCCUUUUACUGCUCCCUAUUCCGCAACCAAGUUCGCCCUAGAUGGAUUUUUCAGCUCCUUGAGGCAGGAGCUCAUCAUAGACAAGAUCAACGUUUCCAUCACGCUCUGCAUCCUGGGCUACAUCAACACAGAGAGCGCUGUACAGGCCGUGUCCCACGUCAUCCCCGACACCCCGGCCCCCAAGGAGGAGUGUGCCCUGGAGAUCAUCCGGGCGGGGGCCCUGCGCCGCCGGGAGCUGCGCUACCCCGGGCCGGCCGUCGGCACCGCGCUGCUCCUGCACGGCCUCGCCCCCGAGCUGCUGGAGGGGCUGCUCCGCGGCAGCUACCGCCUGGAGAACGUGCGGAGAACGUAGUGCCGGGACUCGGGGACACCUGGGACACCUGGGGAUGGGCUGGGACACCUGGGAUGUGCUGGGACACCGGGGACACCUGGGGAUGUGCUGGGACACUGGGGACACCUGGUCUGUCCUGGUGCACUUGGGCUGUGCUAGGACACCUGGGAUGUGCUGGGACACCAAGGACACCUGGGGAUGUGUUGGGACAGCUGAGGAUGGGCUGGGACACCGGGGACACCUGGGGAUGUGCUGGGACAGCUGGGGAUGUGCUGGGACAGCUGGGGAUGGGCUGGCACACCUGGCCUCUCCUGGCGCAUUUGGGCUGUCCUGGCACACCUGGGGCCGUGCUGGGACACCUGGGGCCAAGCAGGAUGGGUCUACCUGUGAGCCCAGCUGCUCAGGACAGGUCUGCCUGUGAGCCCAGCUGCUCAGGACAGGUCUGCCUGUGAGCCCAGCUGCUCAGGACAGGUCUGCCUGUGAACCCAGCUGCUCGGUGCCCUCUCCACACCCUGGGGCAUCCCUGUGCUGACGCCCUGGCAGCCUGGGGCAGGGCACUCCAGGAGUCUGUAAUGCAGCACAAAAAUGUCCUUUUUAGCAAUAAGCUCUUGCAAAGGGCUUUCUGCAGCCAGGAAGCGCUUCAGAGAAGGGCUGCAGCAGUAUCUGCCCUGCCCAGCAGCAGGGCUCUGCUCACCCUGCAGACACUGCUCCCUCUGGAGAGCCACCGAGGCAGCUGAGCUGAGCCCUGGCCCAGCACCAGGCCUUGGGCCAGGCAGCACAGAGCCCCCAAAGCCACGAGAGAGUCUCUGAAUUGGGAGAUUUCUGUCACACAUCCCUUCCAUGCCGGUCUUUGUAGAAAUAAAUCCAAUAUUGCUUUG